UAACCCUCACUUGUCUCUUCGUCAUCAUCGACGUCCGUCAAGAUUGAAAAUUCAUCAUGAAGCUCUUUAUUCUCUCUCUACUGAUCGCUGUAGCUGUAGCCGAGAAGGUUCGCUAUGAUGGCUACCAAACUCUUCGCAUCGAACCCAAAGGCACAAUCCAGAAUGACUACGUUCACCACUUAGCCGAGUCAGUGGAUGCGAAGUACGACUUCUGGGCUCACGUUCCCAAUGCUUACACCGAUGUUAUGAUGGCACCAAACCUGGUAGGCGGUUUGAAGUAUCUCCUAGACUCCAAGAAUAUCGACUACCAUGUCAUGGUCGAGGACGUCCAAACCCUCAUCGAUAACGAGAGCGACGUUCUGCCAACUGCUGGAUUCAGUUAUGAUCAAUACAACGAUUACGAUGCGAUACAACAAUGGGUGAAAGACAUGGCUAGUCAGUUCUCUAGCGCACAGCAGUUCCAAAUUGCUACAUCUUCAGAGAACCGUGCUAUCAACGCGCUCAAGAUUAGCACUGGCUCUGGAAGGAACGUAGUCUACUUCCAAGGCGGUAUUCAUGCUCGUGAAUGGGUUUCUCCAGCUACUCUUAUGUAUAUGACAAACGAGCUGUUGACAAAUCUUGCUAAUGGUAAUUCGCAAGAAACAAACCUCCUCAAAGAGUUCGACAUCUACAUCGUGCCGUCACUCAACGUCGAUGGAUAUGUUUACACUCAUACCGACAACCGAAUGUGGAGGAAGACACGAAGCAACAACGUUGGCUCUGUAUGCAUGGGUGUGGACCCCAACCGCAAUUACCAAUACAAGUGGAACGGGGGAUCUGGAUCCAGUGGGAGUGCGUGCUCCGAUACAUAUCGAGGAACAAACUACAAUACUGAACCGGAAGUCUCCCAGACUACUGAGUUUCUGUUGAAUCUCAAGAACCAGGGCAACACAAUUUCAUUGUUUAUCGACUUCCACUCCUACUCCCAGCUGUGGCUUUCUCCGUGGUCUUAUCGAGCAACCAAACCAUCACAAUAUGCGGACCAAGUCGAAGGUGCCAAACAAGCAUGUGCUGCUCUGCAGAGUGUGCAUGGGACUAGCUACACAUACGGACCUUCAGCACAGACACUUUAUGCUGCUGAUGGUUGCAGUGUUGACUGGGGUCAUGGUACAUUGGGAGCCAAGUACUCCUACGUGGUGGAGCUGAGGGAUACAGGAAGGUACGGCUUCCAGCUUCCCGAGAGCCAGAUCAUCCCCACUGGUGAGGAGACAUAUGCAGGAGUCAUGGCCCUUCUCGAGUACGUCAAAGCCAACUAAAGUAUUUGAUUUCCUUCCCGACAUUCAUCGUAUGAUUCCUGAUUGAUUCGAAGCAUGAAAUGAAAUCAAAGUUCAUGAACCUAAUAUUAACCUUAUGAACAUCUAAAAUUCAUAUAAUGUUAAGUAGCUUAUAUGUUAACCAUUUGACAUUCAUUUUGAACAUAGAAAAACUCUUCUUUCUUUUUGAAAUCCAAACCCAGUUUACGAAUUGUGAUGUAGACAUACUGAAAUAAGACUAGCAAUGAAAAAGAAAUCCACGAUUGACGGUUCGUCUGAAGGAAUCUACUUCGUGAUUUACAUGUCUGUAAACUUGGUUCUAAGUUAAUGGUUAACUAGGAGGGACCAAGUGGAUCGUAUCCUUCAGUAUCUAUGUCCAAACACUUGUUAUAGAUACUAUAAAAGCAAUAGAUUGUGAUGAAACAAUUAAUGAAACACAAAUGUUUAUGUCAUAUGCUUCAUGCGGUUUAUACUGUGCAUAUUGUAAAACACGAAUAAAUACAAUAAAAAUAUAUCUGCAUCA